CUAUCUUCUAUCCUGUUGUCACAACCCCAGGCCAAAUUCAAUACAAAUCGUAAUUCCUAGUCAAGUAUGGAAUCCUUUGAAAUCCGCGUUGUUUAUGAAUUAUUUACAUAAAAAUAUACAUUUAUUUACACAUAAUGGGAACACAAAAACCUGGAGAAUGGGCGAAUUCGCUAAUAGCCAGAUUCGAAGAGCAACUGCCAUACAAAACCGGCGCACAGAACCUCCACUCGCGAAUAAAUGAGGAGCAAUGCAAAGCCUGCCUCGUCCAGAUCAGCAGGCAUCGCUUCUCACUCGUCAUCGCCGGCCUCACCAAGAUCCUGCAGCGAGUCAACGAGCUGUACCAACCAACGAUAUCGUCGGGUGUGAACCGACCGCACACGGAGCAGGAGAAGAGCUACAGCGACAGUCUGGUCAUAGUUCUGGACACGCUGGAGAUAUGCCUCAGUUCGCAGCCUAAAGACACCACCAAGUUUGAUGAGGCGAUGAACGUGAAGAUACUACUGAGGGAAGUCUGUCAGUUUAUUGACAUGCGCAACGAGAACACAACAAGCAACACAUUGCUCCGGCAGCUGGCCAGUAAAGUGCUCUUCGCACUCAGUCUCAACUUCUUCAACGCGGUCUUCAACCGGAUCAGUGCUCGGUUACAGGAAUUGGCAUCAAGCUCAGAAGAAAACCCCGAUUAUACAGAUAUAGAGUUAAUACAACACAUCAAUGUGGACAUACUACGGCUUAUACGGCUGCUCACAGAAUCAAUACAAAAGUUUAAGUUAUUAAGAAAAUCAGCGCAUAUAGUUUUGGUAUCGUCUCUAGAGAAAGCAAUAUGGAACUGGAUGGAUACAUACCCCCAAGAAUUCGCUGAAGUCCAAUGCCGGCCUAACGAGGAUCUCAGCAAAUGCUGCGAUACUCUUUUCGACUAUUUACAAGAUUGCUUCUCCGACAACAAGAAAUCUAGAGUGGCGAUGUGGCCACUGCAAAUUAUGCUACUAGUUUUGAACCCUAAAGUUUUAGAAGAAAUAGUGAAUGCAGACAGCGGCGCUCCGUGCAGCCCGCGACAUACGAAGAAGAAACACUUUAUUGACUCCGUGAAGAGAGGGCUAAGCCCACAGAACAACUCUAAACAGAUGACAGAAGCGGCGGUCGUGACAUGUGUCAAACUCUGUAAAGCGUCGACGUAUCUGAACAUCGCUGACAGUGGGAACGUCACUUUCGUGCUUGUCAAAUCUGUUAUUAAUGAUCUCAAGUCUCUCCUCUUCAACCCCUCAAAAUCCUACGUGCGAGGCAACCUGAUCUCUGGCUACUCAGAGCUGGAUCUGAUGACGGAUUGCUUCGUGUCUCUAUUUCGGAUCAUGCCGCACACGAAUGAUGCUAUUAAAGUGUGCCUCAACCUUAACACGCAUAUUUCGUAUCAUUAUGUUAUAGUCAACUCAUUACUCAGGAUUAUAAAACAACCACGGUUACCGUGGUGGCCUCAAAUAGAGCUUCUUUACCCCCGUGCGGCCGAACUUAGAGCCAUGUUCACAGAUACUCUGAACAAAGCUACACAGGGUUACAUAGUCCACACGCCGCUUCGUAUGAUCUCACGCUCCCUCAAAUCUAAGGAAGUGCAAGCCAAGUUUAACAAGUCAGAAGAGAUGCCGGCUUACAGGAACUUGCUGCUUUGCAUGGUCAAGCUUAUACACGCUGAUCCCAUGCUGAUGUUGAGCAACCCCGGCCGCUCAGGGAUUGAGAUCCAGUCCUCAACCACCGAGCUGAUCAACGGGCUAGUAUCACUAGUACACCAGACAGGCAUGGGCGAGAUAUCACAAGAGGCGAUGGACGCGUUACUAGCGCUGCAUCGGCCUGAUCGCGUCCAUAUGUGGAACCCGGAGGCGCCGCUUAACACCUUCUGGGAUAUCAGCUCCCAAAUCCUCUACAACAUCAGUCAGAAGCUGAUCCAGCGUCAGAUCGGCAACUACCGCGAGGUGCUCCGGUGGCUGCGCGACAUCCUGACAUGUCGGAACGAGUUCUUGGCCAAGCACAAGGAGUAUGCCAACGUCGGCUCACAGAUACCUAUAUGCAAGCAGGCUCACAUCAAACUGGAGGUGGUCUUCUUCAUGUGUCUCUGGUCCAUCGACACGGACGUGGUGCUAGUCGCGAUGUCCUGCUUCGCGCUGCUCUGCCAGGAGGCGGAUAUCCGGUGCGGCGCCGACGAGAUCACCACGCAGUGCCUUCUGCCCAACUACGCCGUGUUUCAAGAGGUGGCGCAUACUUCCACCGUGCUUACUACCGCAGCUAGUCAGGACAUGGGACGUGGUUGCACUUACAAAAAUAUUCACAGCUCAGCAGCUCUACAGAAGAGGAUAAUGGCGUUAUUGAGGAAAAUAGAGCAUUGCGUGAACGGCGUGCAACCGGUGUGGGAGGAAACAUUUCGAUGUUGGGACUCCCUAUGCAAAUUGCUACAGAAAUACCCCAAAGGGCAGGGUGACAAAAUGGAUGACUGUCAAAUGGAGGCGAUCCAUAGAGCAGUCGCUAAACGGAGAGUUUCACAUCACAGUAGCAGCGAACACGAUUUUGAGAUGCAGAUUCAGGAGUGGGCGAACAUCACAUCGUUUCUGUGCGCGCUCGGUGGCGUGUGCCUGCAGCGGCGACCAUCCACCGUCUGGUCGCACCUCCACGCGCGCGAUUCGAGAAAAUACAACGUAUUGGCGAACAGCUCACAAGAAGUCCAGUACUGCCCUGUCACACAAUUCAUCGGCCAACUCCUCCGCCUCCUGCUUUGUAGCAACGAACGCUUCGGCCAACAGAUCCAGAGCCACGUGAAAGAGCUGGUCGGCCACGAGAUGUCGCCAGCGCUGUACCCGAUACUGUUUGACCAGAUCAAGGCUAUUAUUGACAAGUUCUUUGACCAACAGCAGCAGGUGAUGCUGACCGACAUCAACACCCAAUUCGUAGAACACACGAUAUUCAUAAUGAAGAGUAUAUUGGAUAACAAGAAGACGGGACAACCUUCGGAGCACCUCAGUACUACGUCUAUAGAGGGUCUCAUGCUUGCUAUAGUGAGAUACGUUCGUCAUCUUGAUAUGACGGUGCUGUCUGUGCACAUCAAAACGAAGCUCUGCCAAGUUGUCGAAGCCAUGAUGAGGAGGAGAGACGAUCUAGCAUUCCGACAGGAGAUGAAGUUUCGCAAUAAGAUGGUGGAAUACGUGACGGACUGGGUGCUCGGCACCAGCCACCAGAUCGCGCCACCGCUGCGGGCGGACGCCUCCUCCAUCUCCAGAGAGCUGGACCAGGCGUGCAUGGAGGCGGUGGCGGCGCUGCUGAAGGGGCUGCCUCUGCAGCCCGAGGAGUCCGACAGGGGGGACCUGAUGGAAGCCAAGAGUCAGCUGUUUCUUAAAUACUUCACUCUCUUCAUGAAUCUACUGAACGAUUGCAAUGAAGUGGAGAUGGCAGAAGGCCCGGGCAGACUUGAGACGCUACGAAACGCUACCAUACAAGCUAUGUCAAAUCUCCUAAGUGCCAAUAUUGACUCUGGGCUCAUGCAUAGUAUCGAUCUGGGUUACCACCGAGACCUACAGACCCGAGCUGCUUUCAUGGAAGUGCUCACUAAAAUCCUCCAGCAAGGCACAGAGUUCGACACCCUAGCGGAGACUGUCCUCGCCGACCGCUUCGAGCAGCUAGUGCAGUUGGUCACCAUGAUCUCUGAUAAGGGCGAGCUCCCCAUAGCAAUGGCCUUGGCAAACGUCGUCAGCACAUCACAAAUGGACGAGCUGGCCCGUGUGUUCGUCACUCUGUUCGACGCUAAGCAUCUUCUAGCACCAUUACUCUGGAACAUUUUCUAUAGAGAAGUUGAGGUGAGCAAGCAAAAACGGACUUUAAGUAGAAGGUCGCUAAUGUCAUUAGUAACACAAAUAGAUGAGCUGGCUCGUGUGUUCGUCACCCUGUUCGACGCUAAGCAUCUUCUAGCACCGCUGCUUUGGAACAUCUUCUAUAGAGAAGUUGAGGUGUCAGACUGUAUGCAGACCCUCUUCCGCGGCAACUCGCUAGGGAGCAAAAUAAUGGCGUUCUGCUUCAAGAUCUACGGUUACGGUUACCUGGUCUCCCUGCUGGAACCGCUGGUUACGGCGCUGCUGGAGCAGGCGGACCAGCCGGAUCUGAGCUUCGAGGUGGAUCCUGCCAGGCUGGACCCCUCCCAAGACAUCGAGGUCAACCGCUCCAACCUCAUCGACCUCACCAAAGAGGUCUUCAACAGGAUUAUCAACUCUGCCGACAAAUUCCCUCCACAGUUGAGGAGCAUGUGCCAUUGCCUCUAUCAGGUUUUGAGCAAACGGUACGCACACAUACCUCAAACAAGCGUAGGUGCUGUUGGUACAGUGCUAUUCCUGAGAUUCAUCAAUCCAGCCAUAGUAUCACCGCAAGAGAUGGGUAUAGUCAGCCGUCCCGUUCCCCCCACGAUCAAACGCGGUCUGAUGCUAAUGUCCAAGAUAUUGCAGAACAUCGCCAACCAUGUGGAGUUCUCUAAGGAACAACAUAUGUUGCCUUUCAACGAUUUCUUGAGGGCACAUUUCGAGUUGGGACGCAAGUUCUUCAUACAAAUAGCAUCAGACUGCGAAAGCGUUGACCAAACGUCCCACAACCUCUCUUUCAUCAGCGAUGCAAACGUGGUAGCGUUACAUAGACUACUCUGGAACCAUCAGGAACGGAUAGGAGAUUACCUGUCUUGCAGUCGGGACCAUAAGGCUGUAGGAAGACGGCCGUUUGACAAGAUGGCCACAUUGCUCGCUUAUUUGGGACCUCCGGAACAUAAACCUGUAGAAUCUACCUCCGGCCUCCUCUUCUCCUCGUACGCCCGCUGGUCUUCCAUAGACAUGUCUUCCACCAACUUUGAGGAGUUCAUAGUGAAACACAACAUGCAUGAAAAGGAGGAGUUUAAGAGCAUCAAGAGCUUGAAUAUAUUCUACCAGGCGGGCACCAGCAAGAUCGGGAACCCGGUGUUCUACUUCAUCUCUAGGAGAUACAAAAUAGGGGAGGUGAACGCGGACCUUCUAAUAUACCACGUCAUAUUGACCCUCAAGCCGUUCUGCCAGCAGCCCUUCGAGCUUAUAGUCGACUUCACACACACCAACUCGGACAAUAGAUUCAGAACGGACUUCCUACAAAAAUGGUUCACAGUGCUACCGGACGUAGCAUAUAUAAACAUACAUGCCUGCUACAUAUACAACUGCAACAGCUGGGUGCGAGAAUAUACUAAGUUCCACGAAGCGAUACUAGCUCCACUGAGAGGCAACAGAAAACUAAUAUUCAUCGAUAACCACACUCGCCUCAGCGACUAUGUGGAAGCAGAGCAACAAAAGUUGCCGGGAGCAACACUCGCUUUAGAGGAGGAUCUCAAAGUGUUCAGUAAUGCGCUCAAAUUGUCACACAAGGACACUAAAGUUGCUAUAAAGGUUGGACCAACAGCUCUACAAAUAACAUCAGUAGAGAAGACUAAAGUGCUCGGUCUGCCGGUGCUAUUGAAUGACGUCUACUACGCUUCGGAAAUCGACGAGGUGUGCCUCGUGGAUGACAACCAGUUCUCGCUGUCAAUAGUGAACGAGCCUACUCCACUAAGUUUCAUACACAACGAUUGCGAUAAUAUCGUGCAAUCCAUCAUACACAUACGGAACCGGUGGGAGCUGAGUCAACCGGACUCGGUCACAGUGCAUCAGAAGAUACGUCCAAAAGACGUCCCAGGGACUCUCCUCAACAUGGCGCUGCUGAAUCUCGGCUCCUGCGACCCUAACCUUCGGACGGCAGCGUAUAACCAGCUAUGUGCACUCACUGCUACCUUCCAUUUGAAGAUCGAAGGACAACUGCUGGAGACCUCAGGUCUAUGCAUACCUUCCAACAACACAAUCUUCAUCAAGUCUGUUAGCGAAAAACUGGCGCACAACGAGCCACAUCUCACUCUAGAGUUCCUAGAGGAGUGCAUUCAGGGAUUUCGCGGCUCUUCCAUCGAGCUAAAACAUUUGUGUCUGGAAUACAUGACGCCGUGGCUUGCUAAUUUAGUUAGGUUCUGCAAGCCAUCAGACGAGUCCCGUCGCCAGAAGCAAGUCGCCCAAAUCCUGGAGAAGCUGAUAACGCUCACCAUCGAGGAGACGGAGAUGUACCCCUCGGUGCAGGCCAAGAUCUGGGGCUCCAUCGGGCACGUGCCCGAGCUGAUCGACAUGGUGCUCGACAGCUUCAUACAGCGGAGCGUCAACUCGGGUCUCGGCUCGCCAAUGAUAGAGAUUAUGGCCGACACGGCUGUCGCAUUAGCGUCGGCCAAUGUGCAGCUGGUAUCAAAGAAAGUCAUCGGUCGGAUGUGUAGGGCCCUAUCGAAACUGCCCAAUAAUGCCCUGGGCCCCGUUACCCCGGCCACUGUGGUGGAUAAGACCUGUCAUUCGCCGACGCCCGUGCUAGAGAUGCACAUGAUGUGGGGGGACAUUGCUAUAUUGGCGAGAUAUUUGCUUAUGUUGUCAUUUAACAAUUGCCUGGACGUGACGCGUCACUUACCGUACCUGUUCCACACGGUCACGUUCCUGGUGUGCUCGGGUACCGUGUCCAUGCGCGCCGCCACGCACGGGCUGGUGAUCAACAUCAUACACUCACUCUGCACCUGCAACAGCCCGAGUUUCUCCGAGGAGACCCAGAGAGUCCUGAUGCUCUCGCUAGAUGAAUUCGCUCUGCCCAAGUUCUACCAGAUGUUCGGAAUUUCCAAGGUCAAGUCAGCGGCGGUCACCGCCUUCCGGAGUCCGUACAACCGCAACCCUGAUAAGGAAUGGUACUCCGAACACUCAUACACAGCCUGCACCGAAUCCGGCACCUCGUCCAGCAGCGGAGCCCUGCCCGCCCCGCCGCCCCACUCCGACCGCGAGCGCCUCCCCCUGCAGUCCCUCGAGACCAUCACCGACGCCCUGCUCGAGAUCAUGGAGGCCUGCAUGAGGGAUAUACCGCACUGCGAUUGGCUGACCACGUGGACUUCCCUCGCCAAGAGCUUCGCAUUCUGCUUCAAUCCAGCAUUGCAGCCGCGCGCCCUCAUCGUGUUCGGAUGUAUUAGUAAAAACGUAACUGACGACGAUAUGAAACAGCUCUUACGGAUAUUAGUGAAGGCUCUUGAAUCGUUCAACGACUUGGCUUUAUUGGAAGCUCUUAUCAUGUGCCUGACGAGGUUGCAACCGCUUCUGUACCCGGAAUCCCCGAUCCACACGGCCCUAUUCUGGGUGGGACUGUCGGUGCUACAGCUAGACGACCCCACUUUGUACGCGGCUGGGCUGUCUCUCCUGGAACAGAACCUACAUACCCUUGACUCGCAGGGACAGUUUGAACAUAAGACCCUGGAACAAGUGAUGAUGGAGACGAGGGAACCGCUGGAGUGGCAUUUCAAGCAAAUGGACCACGCCGUGGGAUUGAGUUUCCGUUCCAACUUCCACUUCGCCCUGGUCGGUCACCUGCUGAAGGGCUACCGGCACCCGCUGGCCGCGUCCGUCUCCCGCACGUGCCGCGUGCUGGCCGCGCUGCUGGCCAUCACCGCGCGCCACGCCGACAAGUUCCACGUCACACCCGUCACCGUCGCUUACCUCACAGCACUGGUGUGUGUGAGCGAAGAAGUCCGUUCCCGCUGCCACGUGAAACACUCGCUUCCAAAAUGGCUGCCGGACAACUGUGACCACUACUGCCCCACCGUCGACCACCAUCAGUCCUCAAUGCUGAUCCAGCCUUCCACGUCGAGCGGCUCGUGCCAGAGUCGGCGGCAGAAGUCCUGGGAUGUACUGGACCAGGCCGCCAUAUCAUCAGCUCAUGGUGGUAAAUCCCCAACAAUGCAGCAAUCCAGUAGCGGCGGACACAGCCCGCAUUUCAUCAACAUGCCACACCAGGACAGCGAAGGGCGAGCCCACAGCAUGCAGCACGGGACGUCGGGUGACGCCGCGCGCGCGGAACAGGACGCCGACAGUGGUCUAGAUGUGGUAGAGGAUGACGGGCGCGGUUCGCCGGGCAGCACGGACGAGGCGACCGAGCGGCCCUCCUCUACCAAGUCCGGCGACAGCGAUUUCCCCGAGAAGGUUAGCAAUCAAGUAUCAACGGACAAGGACACAAGCAGCCCGGAGAGCAACAGCUUAUUGGAUCCGAGUGUACUCUCCGACUUUACCACCCAAGCGCUGGUUCUGACUGUACUCGCCACUCUAGUCAAAUACACUACAGACGAAGACGAAAUAAGAAUAUUAUACCAGUAUUUGGCUGAAGGCUCUGUAGUUUUUCCAAAAGUAUUUCCCGUAAUCCACUCCCUCUUGGACAUGAAAAUAAACCACGUGCUAAUGCACUGCCACGACCAAGUGAUCCUGAGCGCGGUACAGAGUAUAAUACAGAACAUGAUCGCGUCGGAGGACGCCAGUCAGCAACAGCUCCACUACAUGCAGAGCUGCGGCUUCGGCGGGCUGUGGCGGUUCGCGGGGCCUUUUACUAAGAUCCAAUGCACAGCGGAAAGCAGCGAGCUAUUCGUCAACUGCUUAGAGGCCAUGGUGGAAACAUGUCUGCCGGGCUCCGAACACGCCCAAGCCCGCGCUCCACCACCAGACCCAGACCGGCAGGACACGACAGGUACCUUACUAGGCCUAUGA